GGGGUCCUUUCGUGGUGCUUGAAGCCCGCCGGUUACAAAAUAGCACAGCAAAAUGCAGAGAACACGUAGCAGUAAUAAUAAAAAAGAGGCAUUUAUUUUAAUUUGAGUUGUCACUGGACUGAGUUAACACUAAGGUAACAACAAUUCAGAAUGCAGUUUUUGAGCUGAACCUGGCUAUUUUGAAGCCCAGACAAACGAAGCGCGUUUGUUUGGUCUGGCAUUAGCAGCAAAGCUAGCAGCCUGUUAGCUCGGGGGACACGUUACCCUGUCAACAAACGUCAGCUGAAACUCGUCUGCUUGUCAUCUAACAACAAACGACUACAAACCGCACACUAACACAGAUGAUUAAACACGAUGUCGCUGUCGCCUGAUGUUCCAACUGUGUCAAACCAAAGCAUGGGGGAUCAAGGAAAGACCUUUUGUGUUCUGUCUGAGCUGUCCUGUGAUCUUCUGGAGGACGACUUUGACCUGAAUAAAUCUUAUCCGUGUACCCAAAGACCAAAAUACAAGAAGAGCCUCUUUGACUUGCGUUGCCGUGAUUGUUCUGGUUUCUUGGCAGGUAAAUGUUCUGAUGUUUUCACCUCCACGACAAAAAACCACUUGGAUAAGCAUUCUGGUUUCCAGGUUUCUGCUCACUCCCCAUCUCAACCUUACACUGAAUCUGAGACAGAAGAUGACUUUCUCAGUCUUCAUAUUCCUGGAGAUUUUUGCUUGAUGGAAUAUCCAGCUGCCUUUAAUCCAAACAAAGUUGUGCUUUCUGUCUCUAAUAAAACCAGAGAGAUACUGUCAGCAAAUGAACAGGCAGGCAAACUAUUUGAGUGCUCCAAAAAUGACUUGAUCGGAAAGAAGUUGCCUUCCGUCUUAAAGAAAACCAGUCAGGUUCUGGAAGAAGCACUUGAAGAAGAUUAUCCAGUUGUAGAUGGAGGUGUUGCAACUGUGUCUGGGAAAGUGGUGGAUGCUGUGACAUCAUCUGGAGAGGUACCCGUGUCGUUCUGUACUCACAAGCUUUCACAAAACGAAGACAGCUGGCUUGUCCUGUUGGAACAUGUGGAGAGGGUUUCAGCCAUUUUGUCUUUUUCACAAGAUGGUUCUGUCAUAAACUGUGACUGGGCAUUUGCUCAUCUCCAUGGAUACCACAAUCCUGAGGCCCUAAAGGGUGUGUCUGUCAGAGAGCUUAUCCCUUCUUUACAAAUUCCCCUCAACGGUCAUGCAUUGCCUAAAACUCUGAGGGUUCAGAGAGUGCACGGGAAAAGCCGAGAUGGAGCAUCAGUUCCACUCUGUGUGAAACUUCAGGGGACAGCGAUAUGUGGGAAACCCCCCCACAAGAACGACACCAAGGUGGACAGCGUUGUCCGCUCUCCCAGUCCAGCCCUGGAAUACUCUGGAACAGUUUGGGUGUUUGCUCCCAUGAGUGGCCUUCUCCUCCUCUGUCCUGAUGGCUCAAUUGUUUGCAUCCACGACCAUCUGGCUCUCAGUCUGUUUGGAUACAGCAAGGACGAGUUAGUGGGAAAGAGUGUCACUUUCCUUAUGCCUGGCUUCUAUGGGUGGAUGUCUGACUCUGACAAAAAGGCCAGCCUACUUACUGGUUCUCAUGCAGAGGCGGACAAAUGUGCCGCCUCGUCUAAAAUAUCCACAACAUCUGACCCCUCCUCUCUGGUGGCUGGAGACAUGGCUAUGGUGCAGAAGGCUAUCUCAGAACGGAGCUCAGUGGGAAGAGGCAGAAUCUUUACUGGAACCAGCACCAGACUGGAGAAACAGGGCAGUAAUCUGUCUACCUUCUCUCUUCCUGCAGUCACCUCGACACAUUUGGUUAUGGCCAACGACACCACCGAGCUGAUUGAGGAAGCGGUCCGUGCAGCUCCCUGCUGUAGCCAGCUGGAUUGUGCAGAUAAUACUCAGGCACUUCUCAAGACAUUUGCUUGGGUGGAGCCUCCAGAUGAAGACACCUGCUGUUUGGUUCCCACUGAACCAUCUCAUCAUAACGGAGAAGAGCAUCUGGGCAAUGUGGCUCCGGAAAAUAAUGCACCUGCUAUUAGAAUUAUUCCUGACACUCCUCGUAAGGGCAAUGCUGUUAAUGUAGAAAAAGAGCGUCACUCCUACACUUCUGUCCUCCAAGACUCAAGCUUUGAGAUCAUCACACUGGAUAGCAGAUCGGCUUCUUCCGGCUUCUGUGAACAUCUCGCUGGUCAGGCUGGUCCUCAUCCUGCCCAAGCAGACGAGUUCAAUUCAAAACAUUUUGUGAACUCAGCUAGUUGCUUCCUGGACAUCAACAGUGAUGGAGAUGUGAUCACCCGUGCUCUGGAUGAGCUCAAUCUCAGUGGUAGUAUGGAGCUGCUCAGCACCGGAGGUUCCAACGGGAACAACCAGCACUCCGCGUUGUCUUGUGAUACAGCUGAGCUCCUACGAACACCUUCUCCAUGUGUGGUGCUGUCUGACGAUGAUGAAGCGUCUGUUCCCCCCGCCGCAGAGACGAGGAAAGGUCCAGCUCAGGAGCAGGAUCAGUGGGCAGCUUUGUCUGUUAUUCAUAAUGCAAAGAGCCAAGAGAGCUCAGGGCAGGUGAACAGUGCGGUUGGGCCUCUGACGGACAUGCCUGCCACGUCAACGCCUAAGAAGCAGAAAGCAAAUGAACACAUUCUAUCUUCACAUACACGCAUACUGGAGGGAAGAGUUGAAGGAUGUGGAUACCACAGAGAUGGCACAAGAGUAGAGGUGCAGUGUGAUGUGUGCCGGUCCAACCUCCCAGAUGGAAGUUUCAUGUUCUGCGUGUGGAUUAAAAGGUCUAGCCAGCAGGGGGCGUUGUUACAAACAGAUCUAUUGCACCAAUCAGGAAACAGUUCAGGAAAGAGGAUUGAUGAGGCUGGUGUAGGAGAAGUGCUGCGCUCCACGGUGGACCUCGAGCACUCUCGAGCCUGCGACGGACAGUUUGAAGAAGAAUACCAGCCAAUCAGAGCUGUGGGUAAAGGAGCUUUUGGGUUUGUCUGGAAGGCAAUAAGACGCUGUAACGGACAAGAAGUGAUAGUGAAGUUCAUUAGCAAGGCCAGGAUAGUGAGUGACUGCUGGGUGGACGACCCCAUGUUGGGCAGAGUGAGCCAGGAGAUCGCCAUACUGACUCGAGUGCAGCAUCAUAACAUCGUCAAGGUGUUGGAGGUGUUUGAAAAUGGAAGUUAUUUCCAGAUGGUGAUGGAGAAGCAUGGAGAUGGUUUGGACCUUUUUGAAUUCAUCGACAUGCAGCCAAGGCUUGACGAGCCCCUGACCAGCUACAUCUUUAGACAGAUUGUUGCAGCUGUUUUCUAUCUGAGGUGCAAGAACAUCAUCCACAGGGACAUAAAGGAUGAAAACAUCAUAAUUGACAAAUGUUUUCACAUUCGACUGAUAGAUUUUGGCUCUGCUGCCAUACUGGUUCCUGGGAAGCUCUUUUAUAAUUUCUGUGGCACGUUGGAGUACUGUUCCCCAGAGGUGCUCCAGGGCAAUCCCUACAAGGGUCCAGAGCUUGAGAUGUGGUCUCUGGGGGUUUUACUAUACACUCUGCUGUUCAGUGAGAACCCUUUCUGUGAUGUGGGGGAAAUACUGGAUGCCAAACUAAAGCCCCCAUUCCCCUUGUCCUCUGAACUGCAUGCGCUGCUGCGUGGCCUGCUGCACCCCGAUCACACAAAGAGGAUGACCUUAGACCAGCUCCUGUUGCAGGCCUGGAUAAGCCAGCCCAUCUCCCUUUCAGAGUACAGCUGGUCAGAGGUGGUUUCUGCAAACCAGAGCCUCUCAGGCACAUCACACCAUCAAGAAACCAGUCCUAAUGCGUACAUCAGACCAGACUUGUUCCCAGAUUAUGGAGAUGAGUCUCUACCUGAGGAGGAAGAGGAGGAUGAGGACGAGAGGAUGGCUCUGCAAAAUGAGCUUCAGAAAUACCUCCAGAGGAAUGAAGACUAAAUUUAAAGAGAAGGAAAUCUAAUUGGCUAUUAUAAUUUUUGAUCAACUGUGGGAGGAAAGUGAAAGUCAAAAGAAAAGCUUGCUUUUAAUUCAAGAUAUUAAUUAAAUCUUCUAUGUAGACCAAGGUUUUAGAACCAAAGUGGCAUUGUGACUCGUCACAGUGUGGCCUGCCAGUCAUAAUCAGACACUUUUGAAUUGUCUGCAGCUGUUUUUCUUUUAUAGUGUUUUUAGGUUUUUUAUUUUUUAUGAACAGUAGCAUUUUCUUUUUGGUAAUUUUUGUUCAAAUUUAUUUUGAAAUCUUUUCUAUUUUACCUGCAUGUAAGUAUAUUUACAAUAUUUUUAUAUUUAUUUUUUACAUCAAUAAAUAUCUUCACUAUGCUGCUACAAAUGUGUUGGGCCUUUUGAACAUUAAUGAAUGAAUUGCCUUGCUAAUAAAGAUAGAAGGACUUGUA